AUGUCAGUUGGGGGUGUGGCCACAUGUCGUCCCAAACGUGGUUAUUAUAAAGAUCCAGUGACUGGCAAAACCACCAGGAUUGAUAUUUGCAAUCCGGCCGACAGAAAAUUCGCUCAUAUGUCACGAGAGCAACCCUGUGACGAUCCCCGAGCCAUGUGUCAGCACGAUUUCCUGGAUCCACAAAAAUACACAUGCACAUGCCCUAUUGGGUUCAAGGCAUCCACAACAACUUAUCCGUCGGAAACCACAUGCUCUUCGCGGAAAUGCGAUUCACCGGCACUUAACACGUGUCACCACAUGUGUGAAACUGACGACGUGGACGAGACGGGCGGCGAUCACAACACAUACGUCAGGGGCUAUAAGUGCCGGUGCGGCGAACCAUACGUACCCGUAGGCGACACGUGUGUACUUAAAGCGGGAAAACAAUGUGUCAAAUGCUCAGGAAUUCAGAACUGUUACUGCGAUAAUGAUGGCAAUCCUAACUGCGCUCAAGGCUUUGAAUGGACAGAAGUAAAUAAUGAUAAAAAGUGUAAAAUGCCCGACACUUUGGGCACCUAUUGUUUGGGAUGCAAACUGGACGCACCCGACGCCACUGGACGCCGGUAUUGUCUGUGCGACGCGCCGUACGUCACGACCGCCGACAAGACUGCGUGUGUAUUGCAGGGCGUGUGCGGACGGGGAGGCGUCGGACGUAUCGAUUGCGACUUAAAGCGGGCCCUCUGUGUGUUGACCGAACCCACGAGUGUUACGGAUCAUCCGUAUGAGUGCGAGUGUCCGGACGGCACUAUACGGGCUGAGGCGAGUAAAGUGUGUCAACCCGUUUGCAUGUAUAAGAACCGUAACCUCGCGUGCGAUCGUAUUAACGCCGACUGCGACCCAAACAUAGCUUAU